AACAAACAGAGUGAAAGAAGGGAGAGCUCGGGAGGAGAGGACGGGAGAGGAAUUUACUUAUUUACAUCACCGACAAAGCCUCGGGAGGAAGACAAACUCCUUUUCGAAGAGUUCCCGUUUCUUUAACCGACGUUCAUCGACCGAUUAGAUUUUAAAAGAUUUCAAGCAAUGGCCCAAGAGACAAACCAGAGUCCCGUUCCUAUACUGUGUACCACAGGCUGUGGUUUCUAUGGCAACCCCAGGACCAAUGGCAUGUGUUCGGUGUGCUAUAAGGAGCACCUGAACAGACAGCAAAGCAGUGAUCGUAGUCCCAUGAGCCCCCUGGCUGGCAGCCCCUCAGCAGAGGCCUCCGCCAUACAGAGACUAGAAGCCAGCAUAAACAAAGCAGAGCCUUCACCUGCACCCAGCACAGAUACCAUGAGAGAAAGUAUUCCUUCCACCUCCUUACCAGUCACACAACAGAUGACAGAAAUGAGCAUUUCUAGAGAGGAAAAGGCCCUGUCUCCUAAAGCUGAGGCUGCUGAACCAGUCAUAACACAACCCACCUCCUCCUACUCCCCCGUCCCUGUGGCUCAGGGCAGCGACGAGGGCAAGAGCCCAGAUUCCUCCAAACCUAAAAAAAAUAGAUGCUUUACCUGCCGUAAAAGGGUUGGCCUAACAGGAUUUGACUGUCGAUGCGGUAACCUGUUCUGUGGAAUUCACCGGUACUCGGACAAGCACAACUGCACAUACGACUACAAGGCGGAAGCCGCCGCCAAGAUCCGUAAGGAGAAUCCCGUGGUGGUGGCCGAUAAGAUCCAGAGAAUAUAAGCUUUACCCUCUUUCUCCGAGAACACUGGUGGAUAAAAUGGACGACUUGGAAAAACGGACUUGUGUUUUUCUAUCACCUUAAGAAGAAAACGAGAGAACUGUACCGUCUGAGGCUCAUGCAUGAACGAUCUUGACAGAUUUCGGUUUUCUAAUAGGUAUUAAUUUCUCUCUCCGUUUUUAUUUCCGCUCCUCUUUGUGGUGUUUUAUGCUAGGUAUUCUUGCAUAUUAUUUUUGUUUACUAAAGCAUAGGACACCUUUCAGGAAAACCGAGCUUUUAUUAUUGUUUUUUUUGAUUUGCCUGUUCCCGCCGUGGAGCAAUGGGAGUGGCAGAUGCUCUGUGCCAAAACGUGGCCGUGUAGUUUCUGAGUAAGUAGUGUUCAGCCUUUUGACGCCGGGUUUUUAAGAGGCGUGUCAGAGCUCUACCUGAUGAUGUGUGCAGCAUGUAUUGGUCUGUUAAACUGCAGUUUAUCAUUACAGUCUGUUCUAGCGAAUCAAUUGGAAUGCGAGGCCGCCCAGUCGAUACUACCAUUUAUUUAGCAUUAUUUUAGAAUGUGAACUUGCUACUGUGACAUCAUGUUUUUGAAUGAAAGGUUAAGACUCAUCAGAUUUUUUUUUUCCCUUCGUCUGUUUUAGACAACUUCUUUUUUUUUUUUCACAUUCUACAACCAAUAACCUUUAUUCUGAGUUUCAGUGUGUCCGAUGUCUGGGAGUUUAAUUUUUAAUUACGUGUGACUGUUUGAUAGGACUGUAAGGUGGUACAGUCUGUUUCCGUGCGAGCGUAUUUGUGCGCACGGUGGAAAUUUGCGCACAAGCCCUUCUUCCUGUUGUUGAAGCCAGAUGAGCUAAACCUCCAUAGACAUAACACCGCAAUAGUAUAAGCAUAAAGUCAGACCUGAGUCUGUGAAACAUUUGUUUGUUAUAAAAUGCACCUACAAUGCACCUGUCAUUUUUGUGUGUCUGCAUAUGGUAAUGUAAGUGAGUCCGAGUGCAUGUAUUGUUUGUGUGUGUGUGUGUGUGUGUGUGUGUAUAUAAACGUCUUUUCUUCUGUAGGAAGUGAGGUUUCCUUAAAAAAAAAAAGAAAAAGAAAAAAAGUAUUUGUUGAGAGUAUGUAUCUGUUUGAUUUCAGCCUUUAGUUAUAUGCAAAUUUGUAUGGGGAAAAACACCUUACUAUGUUCAUAUUUAUGUAUUGCAUUUAAUCCUUUUACCUGGCAUUAAAGAAAAAAGUAUUGUAAAUAAAAAAUAUACAGAGAGAAAAUA